AUGAGUACUCGAAUUUUUAUAUUUCUAGUUCUCACCUUCAUUGCUUUCAAUCCUUCAAAUGCAAAACAAUCACAACCCUUUUCAGAUAUCAUCAAUAUUGACCUAUUCCUGGACAAAAUUUAUCUGUGGGGAGGUGAAGCACAAUCCCAGAUACUUGUUUCAGGACCUUUGGUACUGGCUGGAGUUCUAUGCUUCAUAGCCUCUGCUAUAUCUAGUGCUGGUGGAAUAGGUGGUGGUGGACUUUUUAUACCCAUAUUAUCUAUUGUGGCUGGUUUAGACCUGAAAACUGCUUCAAGUCUCUCAGCUUUCAUGGUCACUGGAGGGUCAAUUGCGAACGUUAUGUGCAAUAUGUGCAUCACUAGUCCAAAAUUUGGUGGCAAGUCAUUGAUUGACUAUGACAUAGCUCUUUCAUCUGAACCAUGCAUGCUGUUGGGAGUGAGUGUUGGAGUUAUUUGUAACCUUGUAUUCCCAGAGUGGUUGAUUACAGUACUGUUUGCUAUCUUUCUUGCAUGGUCCACCUCAAAAACUUGCAGAAGUGGGUUGAUGUUUUGGAAGGCUGAAUCAGAUGAGAUAAGGAAAAAUGGAGUUGAGGAACUUGAGAAGGGGCUGCUAGAAAACGAGACUACUGAAGAAAGGAAAGUGUUAGGAGUAGCACAUGUGUACAAAGAAAAUAAUGAGCCAAAAAGUGUUGAAGUGCCUGUGCCUCUUCUGGCUCCUCAAGGAAAUAGCAAAGUGAGGAUCCCUUGGUUGAAAUUGGUGGUUUUGCUUUUGAUCUGGUUCUCUUUUUUCUCUGUCUAUCUUCUUCGCGGCAACAGAUAUGGACAGGGAAUCAUUCAAAUGGAGCCGUGUGGUGUGGAAUACUGGAUUCUGUCAUCGGUUCAAAUACCUCUUGCUGUGAUUUUCACUGCCUGGAUUGUAUUUAGUAAAGAAAGCCUUAGAGACCGAACUCUUAUUCAAGAGAUAACAGAUAUGAAGGUGCCAGGACUCACCAAAAAUAGACCAUCAAAUAUACUUGUUUUUCCAUCAAUGGCGCUACUAGCAGGGAUAUUGGGUGGUGUCUUUGGAAUUGGAGGUGGAAUGCUGAUUAGUCCACUUCUUCUUCAGGUUGGAAUAACUCCUGAGGUAACAGCAGCAACAUGUUCUUUCAUGGUGCUCUUUUCUGCUACCAUGUCAGCAUUGCAAUAUUUGUUGUUGGGAAUGGAACAUGUAGAAGCAGCCCUAAUCUUGGCCAUAAUGUGUUUUGUUGCAUCACUUCUGGGGCUAUUAGUGGUACAGAGAGCAAUUCGGAAGUUUGGACAGACUAUGAAUCAGGGGAAUAUAUGGGGUUCAAACUACCCUGUUGAAAACAGUUUUGUUAGACCAGUUGGUGUACCCUAUCCUGUCAUCAAUACCAUAGGUAGUUAUGAAUCGAGAAUAACCUUGGACCUUCUACUUCAAGAGUGA